CGGAGGUUGUUAUCUCCUCGAAUAAAAUAAUCUCUGUUGAAGAUAUUUGACACCGUUUAAAAUACUCCUGUCCAUACAGGCCUCCGUACUUGUGUCUGUUGUUCCAGUUUGCUCUUGCACCAAGACGUGGAUCCAGACUGCCUUAACCAGAUACAGUAUGACAUCAACGAUGAUCUCCGUACCCACCACAGCAUCACGGUUUGCUCUGCUGCAGGUCGACUCAGAUUCGGACAGUGAUUCAGAUGCAGGAAAGCCGAAGACAGGUCGUGGAGCAGGAAAGCCCCACUCUGGGAAAGCUCCCAGUGGGAAGAGCACCCAAAACAAUGACAAGAAGAAAGAGAAGAGGAGACGAAAGAAGGAACAGCAGCAAAGUGAAGCCAAUGAGCUCCGGAGUCUUGCCUUUAAGAAGACCCCUCAGAAGUCCACAGCACCCUCCUCCACACUCUCGCUACAGGAUUUGGCGAAUGAUCUACUGGUCCCAGCAGCAGUCCAGCCAAAGUCAACACCACAGGAGAACUGGCACGAGUGGAAACAGAGAGAUGAACAGCUGACCAGUGAAUUGUAUGAGGCAGACCUGGAGAAGGCCUUAAUUCUGAGUAAACUGCAAUUUGAACAAAAGGUUGUUGAAAAAACUGAGACAGCAUCACCAAAGGCCAAGACCGGAGGGAAGAAAGACAGGAAGAAGGCUCAGCAGGGGAAGGACAAAAAAGUGACUGUGUCUCUCAAAGACUUUCAGCAGGAGGGCAGUAUGGAUCAGCCAAAGAGGUCUGGCAGAGAGGAAUUGAAGCCCGUGAACCCUGCGCUGCGUGACGACAGGUUCUUUAACCAGCUAGAGGACGACGUGAGUCGGAUCGUUCAGCAUGACAAACGCAGAGAGCAGUACAGCAACAGUGUCGCCCAUGAGGUCAACGCCUCCUCAGAACAAGAGCUGGAUGUGAGAACAGAGCAGUUAAAGUAUGAUCUGGAAAAGAAAGACCAGGAAAUUGGAAAGCUGAAAAAGACAAUUUCACAAUGGGAGGAUCGAUAUAAGGAAGUAAAGGCCAGAAACUCUCAGCUGCUUAAAAUGCUUCAACAGGGAGAGAUGAAGGAUAAAGCUGAGAUUUUACUGCAGGUGGAGGAGCUCAUGAACAUAAAAGAGGAAUUGUCCUCACAGGUGAAACAACUGCACGCAGCUCUUGAACAGGAGAGGUCUAAGGUGAAAGGCUUGCAGUCAGACCAACCGAAACAUCAGGGGAACCGGAAGGGGAAGAAAGCAUCAGAUGGGGAUUUAUGAAGAUCGCUCGUAAAAAGAAAUAGACAGCUUGAAUGUUCCACCUCCUUUGUCAGGCUGCUACAGAUUACAGAUUAAAACAGCAUCACAGAUACAAACGCUUCUCAUCUUUUCCAUUAAACAGUAUACUUAUAGCUCUUGUCAUCAUAGACAUCCUUUGAAUUCUCAUCACACUGGCUUCUGGUAUAAUCAUCCUUACAGGGCACCUUCUGUUACGAUUCGGUUUCAUGUUUCAGUUGUGUGUAAUGCAAUCCCAUCUGUUAGUGUCACUGCUUCUAAACCGUAGAAGAAAUCUACUGUUGUUUUGUGCACUAGUAAUGAAAGUCUUUGAAUCUUGAGUUCUUUUCAAUAAAAAGACUAAUCUGCUUUUGCAAAGUGUUGGAUAUUUGUGCAUUAACUGAACGGGAAGCAUUGCUUUGUUUUAAUAUCAUGAAAGGACUCUGCAACAGUUUUCAUUUAAUUUAAAGGGAUAGUUCACCCCAAAAUGAAAAUUCUCUCAAAAUGUACUCUCAUGCCAUCCCAGAUGCGUGGGUUAGGGAAAUAAUAUAUACACAAUUAUUAAAAAUGGAUCUGUUUCUCACCUACCUCACUUCUGAAGAUAUGGAUUAAUUUUAUGCUGCAUUUAUAUGCUUUUUGGACCACUUGCAUUAUAAUAAUUUGGACUUACAUUUGCUUAAUGAAAAUAUCUUAUUUAACUUCAGUUAAACUAACAAAUGUGGCUGCAAAUGCCCUGACUAAAAAUGUAUAAUUGUAAUUACAGUUUCCGCUCACGGCAACUUGCUUUGCUAUUACCCACCACUA